CUCCUCCCACACACACACACACACACACACACAAAGCUAGUUCACUUAAUCGUCUUGCAUUCAGUCUUUCAGUCUUUACUGCUUUAGCGGCCGUAUUUUUAAUGUUUUGACGGACACUUGCGUCUUUCUGCAGGAUCUAAGAGAGGAAUGUGUGAGAAACCCUGAGACAACUUUAUUCAAGCUGCGAACAAGGCUCGUGUUCUACUGUAACCUGGUGGCCUUCACAGUCUAGUGUGUGAUGGGAUCUUUUCGGCGUCCACGCUUUAUGAGCUCACCAGUGCUGUCAGACCUCGCCCGCUUUCACGCUAGUUCACCAUCUCUACAACUCUCCAAUGCAAGUAUCUGGAAUAGUGUCCAAACUGCUGUCAUCAAAGUAUUUCAAGAAGGAGGGCUACAAGCCAAUGAGCUGUAUAGUCUGAAUGAAAGCAUCAGGUGGCUUCAAAGAACAGAACUGGGUUCCUUCAUUACAGAAUACUUUCAGGAUCAACUUUUGAACAAAGGACUGGCACAUAUAUUGGAGAAAAUCCAGCUUCAUGAGGAAGAAAACUGUCUCCAGGUUUUGUCUGAGAUGUGGAUACAUUUUUUCACAGAGAUCCUGCCAACUCUUCAAGCCAUAUUCUAUCCUGUACAGGGUCAGGAACUGACUGUGAGACAGAUGGCUCUGCUGGGUUUUAGGGACCAAGUCUUGCUGAAGCUUUCUCUAGAGAACAUGUUGCAUACCACCUCAUACCCUCCUGCCAUAGUGCAGAUGCUUCUCAUACUGCAGGGCAUUCAUGAGCCUAGUGGGCCUAGUAAACAGUACUACCUUCUAGAGCGACUAGUGGAUAUGGUGAUUUCACCUUACCUGAGUAACUACCUCUACAGGAAUUCAAAUUCAGAGUGUCAUUCGGAAAACUCUACUUUGGAGAGUGCACCUCACUUUGGCCAGCCAGAGAUCACAAUCACACAUUUUGCUGCAGAAUCGUUGACGCCUCUUGUGGAGCAGGAAGGCGAGGCAUAUUUGGAGAGGACUGGAGGAAUAAGGCGCCACACAGUUGCCAAUGUUCAGUCAGACAUCCAGUUUCUCUCCCUGACAAACCGAACUGAUGGUGGUGAUAAUGGCCAGGUGUCAAAAGCAAAAACAACUGCUUCCCCCAGGCCUUUCCCCAAUCAACUGGUAAUACUGGACUCACAGUCAACUGCAACAAAAUCACACAUAUUGCAAAACUCUGCUGAGAUGAGCUGAAAACUGAUUGCUAAUGGAUAAUGGAGUAUGCUUUUCAGCAAAAUGUGAUAAUGUCUUGUGGUACUGACUGGUCACUAUGAACACUAAAAGGCAGUGCUUGACUAUCUGGUCAUGCAACAUGCUGCAGACCAGAUAAGUAAGAAUCAUAAUAUAGAACCAAUCCUAGAACUGUCAUUAUUUCAGGUAUUUAUAUUAAUUAUAUUACUGGAGUAAUAUGGAUUAUCACAGCAGUUAAUGUUAAGUUUGGGCCAAUUUUUCUGCCUAGAGUGUUCAGCAGCAUACCACUUCCUCAAAAUCAGAUAGUGGAUCAGCUAUACAUUUGCAGAAGUAGUAAUUUAUUAGGUGUACACAAAACAAUACUUAACUGUGACCUGUACAUAUUUUACCUUUUGGUGGAAGAGGGUAUGCUUUUUGCAUUUUGCCAAAGUUUCUGUUACAACGCAUUUUGUGUAGAUGAACAGCUGUAUUGCUUACUUAGAAACUACAUUAUUAUUUGGUUGAAUGUUUAAAGCAUGUGGGAGGGUUAAAGAAUACUAUAAUUAGCUGAGCCGUGUCCUGUAUUUUGCUCUAAGAGCCAUGCUCUUUUUCUGCUGUAGAAGUGGCAAAUCUAUGUGAAAUUUCUGCUCUGCUGAGCUUACACCGUUUACACAGAUGCAUUAGGCAUAGGUAUUAGGCAAAAUCUUUUCGCGCUUUAAGCUAUUUAGGAUCAUUGACUUGACUACACUGUGUGACACUUUCUUAUUUUGAGCCAUUUUACUAUGUAAUGUAGAAUUUGUUUGUGGUGGAGUUGCUGAUGUACUCGUAAAAAGAGUAAUUUAUUUAAUGAAAUGUUUUAAUCUUAAUUAUAAUUUCAGUUUGGGUGUAUUAACAAAUAUUGUCUUUCAAUCGAUGUGCAGUGUUGUAUACAUUUGUAGUAAUAAAGUGUCCCUUUGUAUAA